AUGGCGCCCUGGGCCGGCGCCGCCCCCGCCGCCUGGGGGUGGCCGGCGCCGCCCCCGCAGCCUCCCGCGCCGCCGCCGCCGCCGCCCGUGUCGGCGGCCGACCAGCCGCUCGACUUCUCGCUCGCCAAGUUCCAUCACAACAACAACAACGACUCACCUCCCGCCGCCCACGCCGCCCUCUUGGGCCGCCGGCCGCACGCCGUCACGCCCCCUCGCGCGCUACCCGACGCCGCCUCCGACGCUGCCGAAGACGACGCCACCGGCCGCGACUCGUCGGACAACUCCUCCGACAACUCGGACGUCGCCCCCGCGUCUCCACCUCCAGGCCAAAGCUCUACCAAACUAAGCCCGCCUCACACUUCGGAAUGCAGAAGAGAACCACUGGUGGAGGAAAAGCUGCGAGGGUUAUACGGAGUGGUCCCACGGUCGCUGUGGCCUCCGGAAGCGGCGCUGUCGUGGUCCCCGGAAGAGGCCCGCUGCACCGCCGCCACGCUGCACGCGCGCCUCAGGGGCAUCCAUGCUGGGGUGGAGCGGGGAGGCGACGCGGCCGGAGACCACGACGCGCUCUCGCCCACACGCGCAGGCAGCAGCAGCGACUCGGAGGCUGCAGCGCCGGCGGCGAGGGUGGGCGUGGCCGUCGGAAGCCCGCCCGCGCACCGCCCCGCUGACGACGACGAUGACGAGGACGACGACGACUCGGUGGCGUCGGCCGACAGCCGCGCCGCCCCCGCGCACGCCGCCCUCAACCUCGUGACGGAGGUGGUGUCGCAGCGUAGCUCCGGAGGCGGGUCGCCGGGGCCACCGAUGACGCCGGGGGCAGUUCCGGGGGCGGCGUCAGGGGCGGGGGCGGCGUCCGCUUCCGCCUCCGUUCAGGCCGCGCUACUCUCCCUCAACCAGCUGAUGAGCCAGGGACAGCAGCUGUUCUUGCAGAAUCAGCUGGCUGCUGCAGCAGCAGCAUCGGGCUCUCUUGGACUGGGCUCCAGUACACAGCAAGUUCUGCAGCAGUUUGUGCUUUUCCAGCCUGGAGCCACUUCUUCACCUACUGCUCCAGCUCCUGGAAGCCAGGCACAUUUCUUUCUGCAAAGUCGGGAUCUGUUACAACAAGGGUUUACUCAUCAAAAUCUGUCUGGGCGCGGAGUACCUACGCAGACAGCGCAGGUGCAGCAUGCAGUGGCGCAAGCAGCCCAACAGCUGCAGCAGUUGCAGAAGCAACAGGCAUCACAGCAACACAGUCAUGCUCACGGGCCAUCUCCCCACAACCAUCAUAACCACCACCACCACCACCACAAUCACCAUCACCAACAUCACAAGGCUGGUGCAACAGUGAUGAGGACUCCAGAACCACAACCACCAGGCCCAGACGAGACAACUGACCUGGAAGAAUUGGAACAGUUUGCAAAAACUUUUAAGCAGCGACGCAUAAAAUUGGGGUUCACUCAAGGUGAUGUUGGACUUGCUAUGGGGAAACUAUAUGGGAAUGACUUCUCACAAACCACAAUCUCCAGGUUUGAAGCUCUAAAUCUGUCAUUCAAGAACAUGUGCAAAUUGAAGCCACUGUUACAAAAGUGGUUAGAGGAUGCAGACAGCUCAGCAAGCAACCCCGGCUCCUUAAGCAACCCUCUGACAACACCAGAGGCUGUAGGCCGUCGUCGCAAGAAGCGCACAUCUAUUGAGACAAGUGUCCGUGUAGCACUUGAGAAGGCUUUCCUACAGAAUCCAAAGCCAACAAGUGAAGAAAUUGCUGUGCUUGCUGAAAGUCUGGUCAUGGAAAAGGAGGUGGUGCGAGUGUGGUUCUGUAACAGGCGCCAGAAGGAGAAGAGGAUCAACCCCCCGAGUGCGGCGAUGGGCGGGCCACCCGGCAGCAACACCCCUAGCAGCGGCAGUGCCGGCGGAGCGGGCUCCGGGAAUGGCAGCACUGGCAGUACCACCGUGUUUGGCCACCUGGCUGGGCCCCUGGCUGCCACAGGCGCCCUGAGCAUCAACGCCCACGCGCACGCCCACCCUCACCCUCACCCUCACCCACACCCGCACCCGCAUGGCCCACUGUCGCUCGUCACAGGUGUGGGUGUAGGAGGACCUACAGCGAAUUACUCUGCUCCUGCUGUCAAGACGGAAUGACCUUUCUGAACUGUCAUGCCAUGGCGCAUGACAUAUUGACUGCUCUCGAUUGGUGGCAGUGUGGUGUCAUUCUCUACAUCAGUGAAUAUGUAUUCCGAAAGUAGCUGUAAAAACAGUGUAAAUAAUGGUCGAAGUCAUUCAGUAGAAGAAGAGCAAGAAACUGGACAGCUAAUCACAUAACUGCAGACUCUUUAAGCGUGUGUAAACUACCCAGUUUUACAAAUUCAUUUGUAUCUGCUGGUGUAAUAGAAUCUACUGACUUGGCACUGUCAAAGUGUCUGUAACAUAGUGUAAGUUAAGAGUGAAUUAUAUUGGGACAAUGUUGCAAACUGGCCACAGCACCAUGGGGAUGGGCCACUAUCACACUAUACGAGGCUUGAUGGGGUCAAAUAAUGUUUUUAAAAAGUAAGGUCUUCUGUGUCAUAGAUGAUAGGAUGAGUCAGAUAUUACCACGCUAAUUUUUUACAAAAAUAAUAAAUAAUGUUCUAUUUGUGGUAUUUAAUCUUCAUCACAGCCAAUACUGAACAAUUUGUUUAACAUUUCUAUCACAAAAAUUUAUCAAAAUAUGUAAAGUUUUACAUUGAGAAGUGUUUUACUCAUUUUGUCCAUAAUGAGAUCAGUAGUAAUCAUUUAUAAAUUUCCAAAGAAUAUUUGACCAAGUUAUUGCCUGAUCUCAAGAAGUAUAAUUUUUUAACUGUAGCAAACUAAAUUUAUGGACUCCCUUUUAGCACUUCUUGCUGUUCCUCAGAGAUCAUUACAUUAUGUAACGUAUUUCUUCCAUGAAGAGAGUGAAAGGAAAGUGUAAUAGUGGAAAAUGUCUUCCAUCAAAGAAGUUCCUAUCAAUUCUAGUAUUAUCUGAUAUGUAAAUGCAAUAUAUAGUCGUUUGUUUGCAUGUAAAGUCCUCAUUCAUCGGUUGAACUUUUUUGGAAAUGCCAUUAAAUUUGACCCAUGCUCAUGUGCUGAUGGUCAGCAAACAUAUGUUCAUAUGUAGGUGUGUGUGAUCAAGACAAUGCCGUACCUAUGCACCCCAUGUACCCACCCGUCAAAGCAGGGUUCCUCAUCAAAUUCUGGGCAGGACAUGGGCAGCUGUGUGCGGCACAACCCGAACUCUCGACUUUCAUUCUCUGCUUGUCAAGAGGACCAAGAAUAAAGUGAAAGUUCCUAUUGCCAUCUUGGCACAACCAAAUAUGGUUUGAAAUGUCGAAUGAGUUUCGGUUCUUUUUUAUUUCAGUGUGAAAACAGAUGUAUUGUGUACUCUUUUAAAUUUAAAUUAUGAUCAUAAAAUCUAAAAAUAUAAUAGCAGAGUUCAUCAUUUUAAAAUUCUGCUUAAUAUUGUUACUUUUCACUGAUUUCUUCCUAUGAAAGAUCUUCUCAGUCUGCUUUUCUCUGUGUUUCCACCAUUGCAAAGGACGUUUCUUGGAAAUACCAAAAAUUAAGUUACCUUUGAGGUCAUACAAGUGUUUUUAUUUUCCUUGGGCUGUUAACCGUUAUUGUUGUAGGAUAUCGAUGUUAUUACUUUAUACCUGAUUUUGUUUAGAAUUUGGAAUAGAUUGACCAAAUGUAAGCUAGUAGCAACCUAUAUUAACAAAUGGUCAUGGUGUUUAUAUGACCUUUUGUACUGUUGUGUACUAUCUUGUGACUUCCUUCUUUUCCUUCUUGCAAUUACUCAUUGCAAAAAAAGUCAUGUGUAUCUAUUCACUACUGUAGACUAAAUAUGAGCUGUAUUGUAAAUCUAUUGUUUCUAAUCUAUCCACUUCCAAAGACUACAGACUGAGGCUAUUGAAGGUGGCUUCAAAAAUUCUUUUUUAUUGGUGUGAUAUAUGUCGUCCAUAUUUGUUUCUUAAGGUUCAUUGGUACAGAAUAUUAGGUUCUGUGCCAGCUUACUGUGGUAUUCUAUAAAUAGAAAAUACACAAGAAGUAGGAACCAUCUGUUGUCAGCAUGUGUCUUGUCAUCUUGUCACAGUAACACAAACUUUAUAUAUCACAUUGUGUUAACUUAGAUGUUUAGAAAUGAUAUAAUAAAAACUGAGCAUAAAAUGAACCAAUCAAAUUUCUGGCCUCAGGAGUGUAAAUUACUUAUUUUAAACCUAUUACUUUGAUUGGUUCAUUCUGAGAACUCUACUUGUAAAAGAAAUAUAUAGCUGAUGAACUUCAGUUUUUAAAGAUUUUUCAAAUAUAUUAUGAGCAAAGAUGUUUUUCAAUUUUAUGGAAGUUUGUUGAUGAAGGAGAUUUAUAUAUUUGUGUCUGUGGAGAGAUGAUGUGAAACCUGAAAAGGACUCCUUCAGAGCAGCUAUCCUUUUAUUUUAUGACUUAUUUCAAACAAUUUUGAUACAUAUCAUUCUGAAUUUGGUGUACAAAUUACAAAAGUUGUUUUGUUACUUAUCUGUUAGAUAUUUAAAUUGUUUGAAGUUUGGUGAGUUGACUGUUUUAAUGCCAUUUGCACUGUACAGUGAUUGCUUAUGCUAAAACUGAUAUAUGUAAUUUUUUUCCACACACAAAGCAGCCACCUGCCACUUUGUUACUGCCUUACAUUAUUGUUUCUGUUCAGCAAAGAUGUACACCCUGCCAGUCCUUAUAUGGUUUAAGUUAUUAUGCUUCAUACAUGGCCUAAUCAAUUAUCUGUCAAUUUCUUACACUGUGGCUGAGUAAAAUUGUGCUGCUAUUCUGUUGUUUUCUACAAAGGACUCCAAUCAUUGCGGGUUAGCAAAUUUUGUCCUUUUGAACAUGUCAUUGUUUCAUGAUCUUGCUUAAUAUUAUAAAGUGGGAAAAACUUCCAUAUAUAUAUGUAAUAUUUUAUUCUACAAUACAUACAAAGUGAAAUAAGAAAAAAAUAUUUGAAGUUGUGAACUUUGUAAGAUAUAUUCCAUUCUUUUUACAGGUAU